GGUGCAAGCUCUUCUUCUGCGGUCGAGACGUGCGGGUUAAUUCUACACUUCUAGACGUAAUGCCGGGCGUCCGGAAGCCUGCGUCGUAUGUGGCCCGGAACUCAUUCGGUGGGCAACAGGAGGCAGACAACAACGCCGUCCACAGCACGAUACCGAUUCACGGGACGAACAAAAAGAUGGGGCGGGAACCACGCCGUGAUACUGGCGGCACUCGAGCAAGACCUCCUCUCUUGGUGAGAAUCCUCGUGAGGUCAGUCACCGACCCUCGUGUGGUGACGUUGUUGGUGCUGACCGCCGUGACCUCCCCGGCGCUGUUCUUCUUCGGGCGGGACGCACAUCGUCCCGAGGGGACAAGAACCAGCCGUCUGCAGACAGACCCAGACCCACGGCGACCAGCUACUGCCGUGCUGUUUCCCAGAACGCUGCAGCAGCCGUCCUUACUGCCUCUGCGAUCGCAACAACAGCCCCUGACCCCAGGCCAGCAGCAGCAGCAGCCUGGCAGUAUGCCGCCACCAACAGAAGAAACGGUGAAGGAUAAACCUGUUGAGGAGUGGGCGAAAACAGCUGAUGCGGUGUCACCUUGGAAGCCGGCGGUCCUGCCGCUGGAAGAGGCGAAGGACGCGCCACCAGACAGAGGAGAGGAGUGCUUGCCGAGCCCGUUGUGCGAAAAGCGAGUUGACCCGUCCAAGUUCGAGUUUGGGUGCGAGGAAAUAGAGUCGAUGCUUGCAGACGAGAAGAAGCUGAUCGGCCACGGCAACAUCAGGGAUGUCUACCUCGUUGAAUGGGGGGGGCGGAAGCUGGUCGUCAAGGCCCUUCGCGAGGACUUCGAGCUGAGAGCUAGCAGGAGGAGAGCGGACAAGAUCCACCGCUGGGAGGCCACGGCGCUAGACGAGGUUCGGGGGCACCCCAACAUCGUCGACAUGCUGGGCCUCUGCGAGUCGUCUUCGGUGUCGGAGUUUUUCCCCAGCCGCCUGGAUGACCUGGUCCUCAAAGACGGGGCUAAACCACUGCCGAUCGCAUUGGUGGUGUCCAUGGCUCUGGACGCCGCUCGAGGGCUGCAGGCCCUCCACGAGGCUCCAGGGGGAGCCAUCGUCCACUCCGACAUCAACCCGCAGCAGCUCAUGCUGGACGAGUACGGGAGGAUCAAGAUCAACGAUCUCAGCAUGUGUAGGUUUCCGCCGGCCGACGCGGAAGGGAACACUUGCCCGUACCCCGCACGCGCGCGUAAAUCAGGUUAG